CUUUCUCGCUGUACGCUUCCCACACUCCCAGUUCUUCACUCGCAAGCCCCUGCUGGAGCUCCGAUCCUCUGCUUCAAUGGCUACCAUAAUUGAACCGAUCGCCGUUUCUCGCUCUUCUUCUCUUCCUUCCGCUACUUUCUCUCCCAUCACGGCUUCUUCUAUCUCCUCACUUCCCGGCCCUAGGACCUCAGCCAAGCUCCCGCGCUACGGUGGCCUUAAGCUCAGACCUAUCGCAACGAAUCGUUCAAAUGGGUCACUGAGUUCUAUCUCGAGGAUCGCUCGUCGCGGUGGACGUGUCGUUUGUGAGGCUCAAGAUACUGCUGUGAAGGCUGGUCCUGUUACUGAUGCAAAUUGGCAGUCCCUUGUUCUUGAAUCUGAGACUCCUGUUUUGGUUGAAUUCUGGGCCCCAUGGUGUGGGCCCUGCCGUAUGAUCCACCCCAUAAUUGAUGAGCUGGCAAAGGAAUAUGCUGGGAAGCUCAAGUGUUACAAAGUUAAUACUGAUGAGAGCCCCUCAACUGCGAAUCGGUAUGGUAUUCGUAGCAUCCCUACUGUGAUGAUCUUCAAGAACGGCGAGAAGAAAGAUGCAGUUAUAGGCGCAGUGCCAAAAUCAACAUUGACCACUAGUAUAGAAAAAUUCUUGUAAGGUGGUAAACAAAGAAGGCCUUUGCUGGAAGUAGAGCUAUUUUUCUUUUCAGCUUCUUCUUACCUGAAACCAUGUCUCAUGUUUGGAUUACUGAGAUACUCACGUAUGCUUCUGUAUAGUGAUCGGAUUCUUUUUUAAUAAAAUAAUCAUCAUUGUAUUAGCAUUAAGUAAAGUUGCCAUCAAAUUUCAGUACAUGUUUUAAAUCUA